AUGGCUGGAGCUGGGGAGGCCGCGGAGGGCCCCGCGAACUGCCCCCUCCCCGAAAUGCUUCUGGGCUUCUGCCCGUAUGCAGUUUUGGGAAUCGUGCCGCCACCGCAGGACUCAGCUCAGGGGUCGUCGAGUUCUUCUGCGUCUGGCGCUGCGUCAUCUGCCUCCUCGUCCUCUGCGCAAGCGUCAGGUGCCGCGUGCGUCUUUUUCGCGUCGGUUUCUGUGAAAACUCUUGCUUCAUCUUACAGACGAGCUGCGCUCCGGGCGCAUCCGGACAAGAAUCGAGGGCGGGAAGAAGAAGCGGCGCAGGAGUUCGUCCGCAUCCAAGCUGCUUACUCUUUUCUGUCUUGUGAAGACAGCCGUGCGGCGUACCACGCCUUCCUAGAGCGACAGGAGCGGCACGGCGCUCUGCUGGCUGAGCGCCGCCGCCGCGGCCUGCAGGCAGAUGAAAAGAAGCGGAAGUUCGCGGAGGAGCUCAAGCAGAGGGAGGAGGCCUUUGCCCAGGCGCAGAAGAAGGCGCAGGAGGAAGCCAAACAACGGGGGGCGGGCGCGGCAUCCGAGAAGGAGAGGCUGCAGCGCAUGCGCGAGAGAAACGAGAAGCUCAUCGAGGCGCAUCAGGAGAGCCUGAACGCGAAGUACGCGCAGCAAGCGCAGGCUGCGAUGCCGUCCACUGCAGCCGGUCUUUCUGGCUUCUGGGCGUCUCCGCAAGCAUAUUCGUCGUCAUGGAACGCGUUUGACUUCAAACGAAGGAAAACGACGGAGAGCUUCGCGUCCCACGUGCAGCCGCAGCCCCCCGUGGCGUUCUCAGAUGCGUCUCACGACGCGUCUGUGGACGUCGACGACAUCGAAGACAUUCUCAGGCGGUCGGUGUACGUCCACUGGACAGUUGGCGCGGCGGCCGGAGGGAACGGCGGGGGGCAGACUUCUGAGAAGGGGGUCGCGUCUGCGAACGCCGUUUCGGCCGAGGACGCAGCGGCGUCUGAGGCAGGCGCUGCCACCGUCACGCCCUUGCUGAUUUCUUCUCUUUUCAUCCCUCUGCACGCACUCUAUAUCUUUGGCUACAACGCAGAUCAUGGAUAUGCACUGGUGGCGUUUGCGACUCGGGAGCGAGCGCUGGAGAGCGCCCUCGAGUUUCAGCAGCAGCAGAGACAGAAUCGAAGGGGGUUGAGCGGCGAGACGAAAAAGAAGAUGCCGCGACUUCGCGUGAAAAUCGCCGACCAGGUCGAUCACCUCAGAGAGCGCCUGGCUGCGCUUCAAGAAGAGGCCGACGCGGCUGGAGUCGAGUUCGCCCGCGCGGCGGCAAAAGCCGCAGGGGCGAAGAGCUCUCGCCCCGCGGCAGCGCCAGCAACUCCCGACGCGGGGGGCGGCGCGCGAGACACUCAAGAACCUGGGCGCGGCCCUUUCUCUAGGCCGACACAAGACGCGCGUCUCCCUAGAGCUCCUGAACUCGCCCGGACGCACCCGGUCUUCCUCUCGCCUCCUACGGUGAUGACAACGGCGUCGCUGGCCGCGUUUGAAGAGGCGACGCUUCGGCAACUGAGACUCGCAGCUGCCAAGAAGGCGAUGCAAGAGACCCAACGUCAGCCAGCGGGUGGCGCGCCGGCUGCUGCUGAGGAGGGCUAG